AUGUCCCAGACGUCUCGGGCUCUGGGUUUUUUCCCCACCCCGACGUUCGAGAGCCUAGGGCCCUUGUACAUCAAAGAAGGAGAAGUUGAAACGACCAAGAUUCUUGUGGACAGUACCACUCUAAAAGCAUCAGCGUCGGGCAGUAUCGCGUCACAGGAUUUGAUACAAGGCCUCUCCUCUGACAACCAGGGCCAGCAGGGAGGAGGCCAUUCAACUAGCUCCCAGAGGUUCCAACAAAAUCAGCCCUCAGCCCGCCGGUCCGACGGGUAUAGCAAUUCGGCUGCCAUAUAUUCGUCUUUUAUCUCUGCCGUGACAGGUUCACUGAGCCUUCUUUUAGUACGACAACAUGGUGCUUUACCCCUAGGGUCUCGCACCUUAUUCACACCAAUCGAUAAGAUUGGAUAUGAAAGCCCCCGGAUUGACAACGAAAGUGUGCUUUCUACGUCCUACUUGACAACACUGAAUGUUCAGCUACACGCAACUGGAACUUUGACAGUCUUCCCAACCACUGUUUCCCAAGUCGGCAUCACACGGCUAUGCAGUCCCCGCGAUGAUAUUUCCGAUGUAUUGCGGGUUCAGCCAGGAACUGACCUCUGGCUAUGUCCCAACGGGGCCAUCUCGAGACUUGUCACUGCCAAUAUCGAAUCUCCAACUGUCCCUUCCCCGGGAUUUUCGACCUCUGGAGAUUUAGCAGCCAAAAGAAUGCAAUGGAAAUUGGAUGUCCUGCGAUGGCUAGCAAACUUUGGCUUACAUAUUGAGUCUAUUGAUGAGGAACCUUGGGUUGAAGUCGAGGUUUGGGAGCCCUUUUUCGCACGCCUAGCUGGAGAGGCAUGGCGGCAAAGUGAUGAACCACAGUCUGUCCUUCCAUUGAAGCGUAUGCUUUGGCCUGCGCGAUUCUGUUUUAAGCGAUAUGGUUCAUCGAUUCAAUCUUCUUCGCUCGAAAAUGCGCUUGGUGAUCCGCUGAAAUUUGCAGAGAGCUGGUCAUCCAACGUCAGCUCUCUAGCUGAGUCUAAUCAUGAUACCCGAGGCGUUCCUGUUUUGGAAGAGCCUCAACCAAAAGACAAUGACAUGUCGUCUCCUAAGUUUGACAGCUUGGAAAACUUCGAGAGUUUAUCCCGAAUGGCGCAGUAUCCUGACCUCCAGAAUACUAACCUUGUCUAUCCAACUCCACCAGACGGGGCCACUUCCAUGACAAUGAACAACCUUGUACCUUCAGAUGCCUAUCCUGAGGACCCGGACUUCAAUCUAUCUCCAGCCAUUCUGGCCGAACAGAAAUCUCUUCCAAACCUUGAGCUAGCUGUUGGCACAGGUCGAUAUGAUGCUAGCGAUGACGAAGAUCUAUUUGGAGAGAUGAAUGACAAAGACUUUGGAUCCAAAGGGAUCACUGAUGCCGACUUCAGCUUUUUUGAUGAUCCGACUUUGGAUGAUAUGCUUGAUGACACCCCCGCCAAUCAUAUCCAGGAACCCGCCAAAGCUCCCUUGAGUUCAAACAUGGAUGAGCAGGCGGAUUCCGGUGAUCUAGACCUAUCCGAAAGCACUCCUUUAGGGCUGACAUCAGUUGAUGAUAUUGUUAAAGAAGAGACACCUUCAUCUCAGACUCCUAAGAUUUUGGCCAAUGUCACUGAGGAGCAAAUGCAGACCCAAGACACACUCCAAUUAUCCUCAGAUCCAUCCAUUCAAACAGUCAGUCCUCCAUUGAGCCCCGUGGAAAUCAAGAAGAUCCUUUUUUCGGGGUCUCAGAGGCAGAAAGAUGAGCACUUUGGACAAGUUGGCAGCCACCAGGGACACUACCAUCCUGUUACUUUCGAAAAGAAAGUGGUCGAUUGGGAUCAGAAAUAUGGGUCUCAGGGCAAAUUCUGGUUCUCGGAUCGCCCUACUGGAAACCCCACCGAUGAUACCUCCAGCUUCAUCCCCACCAUCGGGGUUCCCAAUCGAGGCCGUACCCGUGGUUCUGCGCCGAUCUUCACACCAUCUGCCCUCCCAAAUCCGUCGGCAGUGGCAGCUGGCAGCUGUGAGCGAUCGUCGUCAGUUUCGAGUAGCGGCAGUAGUGAUGCCAGCGAUGACGCUCAUUUAGAGCAAUCCUCCACAUCAAUUUCACUUCCUACGUUGAAGAGAAAACGGGUUUUUUCAGAAAGUGAUAUCCAAUCGGCUACAUCUCCAGCUAAGUCUUCUAUCGCAGUCGAAGGGAGUGCCGGACUGAAAAUCGAGAACACAACCUUUCUGGGAAAUUUUUUCGCCAAUUUCUCUGACUGGAGUUUCACUGGUUACUUUUCUGCGUUGCAGAUUCAACAGCUUCCGGUUCUCUUCCGGCGAGAAGACCAGAUUUCAAUAGCCCAGCUCCUAGUUGAUCAAAUCACUCAGUCCUCUUUAGAUCAUUCUUUGGGCGGGCAGAUCAAAUUGUUUGGACUAGAGACUGAAAAUCUGACCUUGCAGAAUUGCUUUGACGAUGCAACCUUCUUGGGAGAUAUUUCGAAGCUCGAUCUCAGGGGGUAUACCACACUAUACGAAGACACAACAAGUUCACUGCAACAGACCAAAGAUUGCACCGGAAGAGGUCUGAUUUCAAAAGUGUCGGCGCCCCACCUCCGCGUUCGCCGUGGAAAGGAGUACUUGGAAGCGCUUCCUCCAGCUGUGUCAUUCUGGGAAACAUUUGGUCUUGAGCCUGCUCAUGGCUCUAAAGACAUUUCAGCAUACUGCAUCCACCCCCCAUCCGCAGUGGAUGCUGCAGAUUCAUUUCUGAAUCGAUUUGGAAUUCUAUACCAGAGUUGCAAUCUUGGAAAACAUACCCGCGGUGACAAAUCAACGUCAUUUACCAAAGGGCUACGAUCUUGGAAUUCUGAGUCUACCGGCUAUACCUCUAUGAUGCAAUCUCUCAAGGGGAUUUGCGAGGAAUUAGCCAACGCAUUAUCCCAGUCCGCAUCCACUACAGAUAACUGCGUUGUCUAUAUUAUUAACCCGUUUCCUCAUGCGGCUGCGCUUGCUGAUAUUUGCGUAGCUUUUUGGUGCUUGUUUAAAGAAUUGGCUGCCAGUUCCGAACGUGGACAAUCGAAAGAAGUAAAGGAAGUUGCUUUGCAGAUUAUUCCAAUGGAUUUCAUCAUUUCUGGAGAGUCAAUGGUUGUCCCUGCUCAGACGGACUACCUCAACCUGGCUCUGGAAGUGUAUCACCGAUGUCGUCCCAAGGAUGAAAAUUCCGACCCGCUGUUUUGUGCCCCGGCGAUUCUCUUGGCCGAUCCCCUUCCAAAGAGUAUCAGCUUCCGAUUAAAUGCGGAGAAAGGAUGUCCGCUACAGGACGGUCGGACUCUACAUAUUGCAUGCUCCAAAAGCUCGGAUCAACGAUGGAUAUCUGCCGCCUGGUCCGAUGGAACAGGCAAUCUUCAGACUAGUCUGUCUUACUGUCUACGGUAUCGCCAUAGAGGUACCAUCAGAACAAUUACCGAGGUUCGCAACGAGAUUUGGGCUACAACAAAACGUAUCAUGGAAAAGUUCCAGGCCAGAUGGAAGGUUGUUCUGGUGAACACAGAUCCGAUCGAUCUCGAUGAGGUUGAAUGCUGGAAUAAUCUGGCAGAGCAACAAAACAAGAUCCGGCCGGGGUCGCUGGAACUAAAUAUUGUGACUGUUAACUGCAUUCCCGAUCUGAUACUCCAGUCUUUGGCCUCCCCAAUGGCUGCCAGCGUCCUCAAUCCCCACUUUUCAUCCACACCCGUUUCAACACCAAACCCAAGUGCCAGCGUCGCCUCUCCCGAACAAUCCGGUAACGCUCCCACGCCAAGUGCAGUAUAUAAUGCGUCGACACCAACCGAGCCCUCCCUUGAGCCGGACUCAGAUGUUGUUCUUGUUGAUGUUUGCGAUGAGUCAUGGACAGUCAUCCUAUCACAUCGCCUGAGCAUCUCUCCGCAUAUUACGGAACUCCGCCCUGCGCUGAGCAGUGGGUAUCUUCUUCGGCGUAAAGGUGCGGCCGACAGCGAUGGUGUUUUCACUAUGAACGCCAACCUCAUAUAUACACAGCGCCCAUCCUCGUCUCCUGAAAGCGUUCUCAAAGAAAUUCUAGGAAUGUAUCGAGAUCUAGCUUGUCUUGCUCGCGCAAAAGGAAUCCGCAGCGUUCAGGCCAAUACAUUACCCUGGCAUAUCGCAACGGCUCUGCGAGCCCAGGAGCUCUUGAGCUAUGUCUUCUGA